CAGGCACAUCUUAUGGAUGACGAAAACGAAGCUUCAGUGGUUGGCCGAGCUCUCACAGCCAUUGUUGACAUUGGGUCUAAUGGCAUUCGGUUUUCCAUAUCGUCGAAAGCUCCCCAUCACGCUCGGAUAAUGCCUUGUGUUUUCAAAGACAGGCUAGGAAUUUCACUUUUUGAUGUGCAGCUGCCUGACUCAGCGAACUCCCGCUUGAAAAAGCCAAUUCCGGAUGACGCAAUCACAGAAAUCAUCAGGGCCAUGCGACGCUUCAAAUGGAUAUGCGAAGACUUCGGAGUCCCUGAGAACGGUGUCAAGGUCGUUGCCACGGAGGCAACUCGUGAGGCUUCGAACUCUCAGGAAUUUAGAGAUAUCAUUUAUCAGGCAACAGGAUGGAAAGUGUUCUUGCUUAGCAAAGAAGAGGAAGGAACUACUGGGGCUUACGGAGUGGCAUCUUCCUUUCACGACAUCUCCGGACUACUCAUGGAUCUUGGAGGAGGAUCUACGCAGAUCAGUUGGAUACAAGCAAAAAAUGGUGAGAUCAAUAUCAGUGAGCACCCCGUCUCGCUUCCAUAUGGUGCUGCGGCUUUGACCGAUAGACUGAAAUAUGAGGAUCACAUGUACAUUUACGACGAAAUCAAGAAAGCGUAUGAAGUGGCUUUGGAAAAGAUCAACUUACCGGCUGAACUCAUCAAAGAGGCUGAAGCCAAUGGGGGAUUCCGACUAUUCUGUUGUGGAGGAGGCUUACGUGGUCUCGGACACUUGCUGCUUGCAAAUGAUCCAAAUUAUCCAAUUCAGACAAUUAUCAAUGGUUAUUCUACCACAUACGAAAAUGUGCGCCAAAUGGCCAACUAUCUGCUUUUGAAAGGAGAAGUUCCGAAAUUUGAUUCCAUAGGUAAGCUGUUCAAGGUCUCCGCCAGACGCGAGCAACAGCUUCCAGCUGUGGGGCUGCUAGUUUCUGCUGCUUUCGAGGCCCUUCCUAAGAUCAAGACCGUUCAUUUCAGCGAGGGAGGAGUCAGGGAAGGUGUGCUUUAUUCGAUGAUCCCAGACCAAAUCAAAAUCGAGGAUCCUAUUUUGACUGCCACCAGACCAUACGCACCAUUACUUGCUGGCAAGUAUUGGGAGCUACUCAAGACAAGUCUUCCGAGUGGCAAUGUGGUGCCUUCCGAAGUCGCUGACCGUGUCAUUCCUGCUCUGUGCAACAUUGCAUUCGUUCAUUGCUCGUAUCCAAAAGAGCUUCAGCCAACUGCUGCUCUCCAUGUGGCCACUACCGGAAUCAUCGCAGGUUCCCAUGGGCUUUCACACAAAAUAAGAGCGUUAAUUGGAAUUGCGUGCUGUGAGCGAUGGGGAGCUGAUAUCCCUCCAAGUGAGGAGCAGUUUUAUUCUCGCCUAGAAAAGCUGGUCAUGGAUGCGGAUCCUGAAAACGGAGAAAAACUGAUGUAUUGGACCAAAUUCUGCGGCAAGAUGAUGCACGUGAUCUGUGGAAUCAAUCCUGGAGGAAACAUUCGCCCAGGGUCUCUAGUUUUCCAGGUGAAGACUGAUGUGAGAAACAGUGAGGUCAACAUUGCAAGUGCAACCAAUGGAGUCAAUGAUCUCAACCUUUCAGACGACGAUACGGCCGAGGUUAAAAUCAAAAAUGAGGUUUCUGUGCUGCUACCGAGCGACGAUGUCAAGUAUAGUUACAGUGUUCGCAGUCGUAUUCUUGGACUUCAGAAAAAGAUCAAGAAGCUGAAUAAGCGCUACAAUUGUAACGGCAAAGUGCGAGUUGUUAUUAGGUACGAGAAUGGUGAAUAGG